AUGAUUCGAAUGCACCCGCCCCAGAGGACGGGCAAGCGGUCUGACGGCGAGGGCGACGGCCUAGAGGAGAACGCGCUGGAGGACGCCGAGGACAUCACGAAGCGCUACGUGGCGGCGCUGCUGCGCCAGGGGCGGCUGCCGGUGGGCGGGCCCGGCGGGCCGUCGCCCUUCGCUGCCGCGUCCUUCAGCGACGCGGGCGGCCACGACGACGCGGACGGCGACCAGCUGGACGAGGAGAAGCGCCACUGGGCGCCGCUACGGCGCAUCAGCCGCGAGGCGGCGGGGGCGGCGGCGGGGGCGGCCGGCGGCAGGGCCAGCGCCAGGCGUCCGACGAGUUCGCGCUGCCGGUCUUCCAACCCAACGGCGCGGCCGCGACCUGGACGACGCGCUGCUGCAGAGGGUGCUGGGAUGGCGGGGAGGACGCCCCCGGCGCCGCGGACAAGCGCUUCCUCGGUAUAUCUCAAAACAGACUUUGAGACGUCAAUGUAA